AUGGUAACCGACAAAACCAUCCGCGUUGGCAGAGCCAAAAGCUACCCAAACGAGGUCUGGUGGUUUGUCUCCUGCUUCAUCUUCACCGUGGCGAUAUUCCAGUAUGGGUCUUGGGCGAUUUCUAAACUUCUCCGGAGACGCGCUGCUGCACAGGAGGCCUUGCAGAACGACACCGAGGGUGGUGGCGCUGGUCCAAACCGACGUUUCUCUGUGCGACGUCUUCCCCUGGCCAUUCUUAAUGCGUAUCGGGUUGUUGCCUUCCGCUGGACGCUGGAAAUAGGCAGCUGGUAUACGCUUAAUUUCGCAGAAGUCUUCGUCACUUGCUCGUACAUUAUCGCCAUCUUCAUCUGGGAGUUUGGCAACACCACUGACCUUGAGGGCCAUAAGUUGGACAUGACUUACUGGGGCAACCGCGCGGGCACCAUUGCUGCCAGUCAAAUCCCUCUUGUCACUGCACUUGGUACCAAGAAUAAUGUUGUCGCCUAUAUCACCGGAAUUAGCUACGACAAGUUGAAUUACAUUCACCGGAUGACCGCGCGAGUCAUGUUCGUCUUACUGUGGGUUCACGGCGGUGCAAAGUUCAAUAGCCUCGACCCUGGCGAGAUCGAUGCCAGCUGGGUCCGUGCAGGGAUCCUUGCCAUGGCUGCAUUCAGCCUCCUCAUCUUGGUGUCUCUGCGUCCUAUUCGAGCGAACGUGUACGAGUUCUUCUUCCUCACCCACUUCUCGAUGGUCCUCAUCUUCUUGCUCGGGGCUUACUUCCACGCGAAGGAUCAGAACAUGUCUUACUACAUCUGGCCUUCUUUCAUCUUCUGGGCUCUCGACAGGUUCAUACGCUUGAUGCGCGUUGUGGUCUUCAACCACCAGUAUUUCUGGUUCAAGUCGUCUGGGAGCCUCGACGGUACUGUGGAGCUCCUUUCCCCUCACUUCCUUCGCCUCCGCCUUUCCCGACCCCCGCACUUCCAUUGGAGACCUGGUCAGACGGCGUAUUUGAUUAUGCCGACCGUCUCGGCUUCCCCGUUUGAGGCACACCCGUUCACCAUUGCGAGUGUUGACACGAGCGACGAAAUGGGGGGUGAUCUUGAGAAAAAGGAAUUGGGAGAAACCACGCCGUUCUGGAAGGAGCUGGUGUUCCUGAUCAACGUCCGCAGUGGAGUUACGAAGCGCCUUGCGACUAUCGCUCAGACAGGCGCUAAAGUGAAGGUGGCCGUCGACGGACCGUACGGUUUUUCUCCAGAUUUGAGCGUUGACGACACGGUGGUUCUGAUUUCUGGUGGAUCUGGCAUCACGUUCACGCUAUCGAGCUUCCUUGGUGUCGUCAACGAUGUUCGCAAUGGAAAGAGCUCGUGCCGUAAAAUCAUCUUCAUCUGGGCCAUUCGGGAUGCUGCCCACAUUGAAUGGAUCUCCAAGACGCUAUCGAAAGCACUCGAGGUAGCACCCUCAUACCUAUCCAUAUCUAUUCGGAUCUACGUGACAAGCCGUGAACCCCUUCCUGCGACCAACCCGAAGGCAUGGGACGACGACUCCAUUCAUGGCUCUGAAAACAGUGAGGACAAGAGUCGUGCGCCAUCUCUGCUCGAGUCGCCUGCGGUGCAGGUCGUCAGCGGUCGACCUGAUUUGCACAUUCUGCUGCGGGACGAAGCCUUGGCGAAUACCGGUCGGAUGUCUGUGACAGUCUGCGGGUCUCAAGCGAUAGCGCGUGCUUGUCGUGCCGCUCUCAGGUUCCCUGUCUCCGGUCCGAAGAGUAUCCUCCAGGGAUGCGCUAGCGUCGUGCUGCACGUUGAGACGUUCGGCUAUGCAUAA